AUGAAAGUCACAACGAAUACAAUCAGCGCUUUCGUUCUUAUCCUGGCUACUUUCGCCAUACCCACCAUCCAAGGAAAACGUCGGCUAGCUUCAGCAACCGAUACGAAAAAUGAGCAACGCGCGUUUGGUUUACGUCAACAAUCCGUAGUAUAUCCGUCGGCACAAUGUCUUUGUACGCCUGGCCCACCGGGUCCUACCGGACCACCAGGACAAUCAGGCCUGCAGGGUAAUCGCGGUGACAAGGGUGACGAAGGUCUUCAAGGACCUCCAGGACCAGUUGGACCAACCGGACAACGUGGUUUACCUGGUCGACCAGGUAUUGCGGGUCCAAUAGGACCACCAGGCCGACGUGGUAGACGUGGUUUUCCCGGCGAACGUGGACCUGCAGGACCAACAGGUCCACCCGGACCAACAGGGCCUACUGGUCCUGCUGCGGCAGCAGCUGCAGCUCGCUCGUUGGAUCAGCGCGUGGGUGAGGUGGCGUUUGAGGUUAUGCCGGAUUAUGAUAUACGUGUGGGUGAUGAGGACGAUGCUGACACUGAAGAUGAUGAUGAUUAUUCAGAGGAGAGAAG